CUCUCACUUCUGGCCAGGGAACGUGGAAGGCGCAGCGACAGGGAGCUGGCCAGAGAGGGCGAGUGAACGAAGGCAAUCAGAAGGAAAGGGGUUCACAAAAUAAUUCUAAAAAGCCAGAGCCGCAGCUGCCGAGAUCAAGACCAGGCGCCCGAGAGCGCAGCUUAGGACGACAGGGACCGGGGACGCGGAGAGCGCGCUCGGCACAGACUUUUGCAGCUUCUCUUGGCUUUUUUCCCCCCCUUUCUUUAACCAGAAGGUGCCAGCGGCAGCCUCACACGCGAGUGCCACGCGAGGCUCCCAAAGCCAACCGGGAAGGGAGGAGGGGAGGGAGGAGGCGGCGGCUUAGAGGGAGGACCACCGUUUGUACCAGCCUUGCUCCUUCUAAACAGUCUCCCAGGGAUUUUUGUAUUUCUUCAACUUCCCUCGGGACUGCCUCCUCAUUUCUUCGCUUCUUUCCUUCUCUGUUCUUGGACCCAAGUCUCCUCUGUGCCCUCGCACCUAGCGCCCCCACCCCCUACCCCGCUCGCUCUGUUCCCGAGACUCCUUGGCUGUCGUUGCGCGCAUGGAGAGCUCUGCCAAGAUGGAGAGCGCAGGCGUGGGCCAGCAGCCCCAGCCGCAGCCGCCCUUCCUGCCGCCCGCAGCCUGCUUCUUUGCCACGGCCGCUGCCGCCGCGGCCGCCGCGGCCGCAGCCGCAGCUCAGAGCGCCCAGCAGCAGCAGCAGCAGCAGCAGCAGCAGCAGGCGCCGCAGCUGAGCCCGGCAGCCGACGGCCAGCCCUCAGGGGGCGGUCACAAGUCAGGGCCCAAGCAAGUCAAGCGACAGCGCUCGUCCUCGCCCGAACUGAUGCGCUGCAAACGCCGGCUCAACUUCAGCGGCUUCGGCUAUAGCCUGCCGCAGCAGCAGCCGGCCGCCGUGGCGCGCCGCAACGAGCGCGAGCGCAACCGCGUCAAGCUGGUGAACCUGGGCUUUGCCACUCUGCGGGAGCACGUCCCCAACGGCGCAGCCAACAAGAAGAUGAGCAAGGUGGAGACGCUGCGUUCGGCCGUCGAGUACAUCCGCGCGCUGCAGCAGCUACUGGAUGAGCACGACGCGGUGAGCGCCGCCUUCCAGGCGGGCGUGCUGUCACCCACUAUCUCCCCCAACUAUUCCAACGACAUGAACUCCAUGGCCGGUUCUCCCGUCUCUUCCUACUCGUCGGACGAGGGCUCCUACGACCCGCUCAGCCCCGAGGAGCAGGAGCUGCUCGACUUCACCAACUGGUUCUGAGGGACUGGGCCUGUCAGGCCUGGGUGCCAGUGGAUUUUGGA